CAAGAGUGGGCGGCACCGUGUUAAUUUGCAUGAAUGGGGUUCCACGAAGCGGCAGUGGGGCUUUAAUUCCCAGACACUUCCCCGCGCUCGCGCUCCCAGGAGCCGGCGGGACGUUGCAUGUUGGGAGUUGUAGUCCGAGCGGAGCCGCAAGGCUUGCUCGGAGUCGUGGAGCGCGCUGACCCUGCCUAGGCUCUUCGGGUUCGGCUUCCAGUGUGGUCCCGACCCGUUCAGCUAGAGUGGCAGCUGCGGCAACCAAUCACGCGUUUCUCCUGCUGACCAGUCCCAGCGUGGCCGCGGCAGUUCGGCUGAGAGGGGGCGGAGCUAGCGCAGCGGCGGUCCCUGCUGCAGGAGCCUGCGAGCGAGGCGGCGGUGAGGGCGGCGGAAGUCACUCACGCUUACUAUGAAGGGUCUGUACUGUCAGCAGAAUUCAACUGGAGAGGAAAUUACAUUUAUCUUCAAGGAAAGGGAAAACCUUCCUAUUACAAGAGACUAUGAUGUGAAAAUACAAGUUAAAGCCUGUGCUCUGAGCUGGACAGAUAUAAAGCUUUUAUCAGAAAUGAAGAUAAAAAAGGAAUAUCUACCUGUUGGGAGAGAAAUUGCUGGCGUGGUGCUGGAGGUUGGAAGCAAAGUUUCCUUCUUUCAGCCAGAUGAUGAAGUAGUGGGAAUCUUGCCCCUUGAUUCAGAAGAGUCCGGUCUCUGUGAAAUUGCUCUAGUUCAUGAACAUUAUUUGGUUCAUAAACCAGAAAAAGUCUGUUGGGUUGAAGCAGCAGGGACCAUUCGUGAUGGCCUAAGAGCAUACACAGCCCUGCAUUACCUUUCCCAUGUUUCUCCUGGAAAAACUGUAUUAGUAAUGGAUGGAGCAAGUCCAUUUGGUACAAUAGCUAUUCAGUUAGCACAGCACAGAAGAGCCAAAGUAAUUUCUACUACAUGUAGUCUUGAAGACAAGCAGUAUUUGGAGAGACUUAGACCUCCUGUGGCUCGAGUCAUUGACAUCUCAAAUGGCAAAACUGAUGUGGCAGAAAGCUGUUUGGAGGAAACAGGCGGGCUGGGAGUAGAUAUUGUCAUAGAUGCUGGAGUGAAAUUAUACAGUAAAGAAUACGAAUCAUCAUUAAAACAGCAACUGCUGCCACACAAACAUGAUAUCAUUACACUUCUUGGUGUUGGAGGUCACUGGGUAACCACAGAAAAAAAUCUCCAGUUGGACCCUCCAGAUAGCCAUUGCUUGUUCCUUAAGGGAGCCACAGUCUCUUUUCUGAAUGAUGAAGUAUGGAAUUUGUCAAAUGUUCAACAAGGGAAGUAUCUUUGUAUCUUAGAAGAUAUAAUGGAGAAGUUAUCAAAUAGUAUUUUCAGGCCUCAGUUGGAUGAACCAGUCCCAUUGUAUGAAGCCAAAGUUUCUGUGGAAAUAGUUCAGAAGAAUCAAGCAAGAAAAAGACAAGUUAUCCAAUUCUGAAGCACAAUUUCUUGUUUCAAAGACUGUGAAAGACAAAGAUAUGUAACAUAUUUGAGAAGUAAAUUGGUUUUCAGCUUCAAAUAGUUCUAUAACUAGUGUCUGAAGAUAUCCGGGUAGAUGGUCUGGGAAGUUUUUGGUACUGAGAUGUUUAGUUUCCCUUUAUUAAAUCUAAUAAAAUGUUUCCAUCAGCAA